UGUAAAUGCCAAUCAUAGCGAACACCUUGAUGAACGGAGAGAGCAACGGAGCCUAAAUUACAAAGUACAUAGACAUAUGUGCACCUAUAUAUAUACGCCAGGUACUUACUUGUACAUUGUGGUGAUUUAUCAAGACAACCUUGGAAGUUUAUCUCGUACCUCUUAAAAGCAACUUGGAACCUUUCUGAAGGUUAUAUACAAAAAAUAAGUACAUAAUCCCCCCGCUUCAACGUCAUCGUUCCAAUCUCUCAUCCAAGAUGACGGUUAUGGCCACCAAAUUCACUCCCGAAGUGCUCCUCUCCGCUCCUCGUCGUAGUCCUGCUGUGCCUAAUAGUACCGGCACCCUCGCUCUCUUUACUGUCUCUCAAUACUCGUUUGAGUCCCACUCCAAGGAUUAUGCCAUCAAGGUCCUGGAUAUCAGGUCCCGACAGUCAACGCAGUUAUUUGACAACCCGGAUUAUACCGAGCCGACCUGGAUUUCCGAGACCGAAUUCAUCUUGUUGAGGAACCAAAAUUCUAAGACGUCUCUCCUCGUAGCAGAUGCGACCAAGCCAGGUUCAGAACCAUAUGAGAUUGCUGCCUUUAAUACCUCGCUAUAUAAUAUCAAGGCUAGGGACAUCGGAAAUGGCACCAUAGCAUUUGCUGCCACGGCUCCUGCAACAUCAUCAGGAGAGCUUUUAAACCCGAAAGAUGAGAAGGAGCCGCUGUCAACCGGCAAAGUCUAUACAAGCCUAUUUGUACGGCAUUGGGACUCGUAUGUUUCCAAGCAUAGACAGGGGCUAUUCUACGGAGCCUUAAAGAAAGAUGGAGACUACUUCAGGCUACAAGAUCGAAACCUAGUGAAUGCACUAGCGGGCACGAAACUUGAAUGUCCCGUGCCGCCCUUUGGAGAUGCUAGUGAUUAUGAUAUCGGCAAGGAGGGAAUAGUUUUCGUCUCUAAGGACCCCGAGCUAAAUCCUGCCUUAUGGACCAAGACCGACCUCUACUAUGUGCCGCUCAAGACCUUCACUGAGGCGAAGCCCCCUCGUCCCCAGAUCGUCAAGACCGGCGAGCUGCAAGGCUACUCGGGUGUCCCGGUAUUCUCGCACGAUGGCACCAAGGUGGUUUUUAAGCGUAUGAAGAAUAGGCAGUACGAGUCCGAUAAGUGGCGCCUACUACUAAUCCCCGAUAUCAAAGACCUAAGCAACGUGCAAGAGUUCUACAAAACGGAAGAUGGCGAAGGCGCCUGGGACCUGCGGCCGGAAGGUAUUGUAUGGAGCAACGACGAUAAGGAGCUGUACGUGACGGCCGAAAAGGAGGGCCGACAGGCCUUAUUUAGACUUCCUUCGAACCCGUUAGAAGCUAAGGAGCUACCGCAACCGUUGACCAGGGACGGCGCUGUAACUGACUUCCACAACCUCUCCCACGAAGACGGUCGCCUCUUCAUCACGUCUACGUCUCUCGUCGAUAACUCCUCAUACUCUAUCGUCGAUCCGGAAUCUAAGGAAACAGCACUCAUCUCCUCCAGCUCCAAGGAAGGGAAAUCGUUCGGUCUGACAAAAAACCAGGUCGACGAGUUCUGGUUCAAGGGCGCGGGGGAUUACCAAGUCCAUGCUUUGGUGAUGAAGCCCUCUAACUUCGACCCGAGCAAGAAAUACCCGUUGGCAUUCUUAAUCCACGGAGGACCACAAGGCGCGUGGGGUCAGAGCUGGAGCACCAGGUGGAAUCCCGCCGUGUUCGCUGAGCAGGGCUACGUCGCUGUGAUGCCGAACCCUACGGGUAGCACCGGUUACGGACAAAAGUUCACUGAUGGCAUUACGCAGGAUUGGGGUGGAAGACCUUACAAUGAUCUGGUAAACUGCUUCGAGCACAUUUCCGAUAACAUUCCUUACAUCGACACGAACAACGCUGUGGCCCUUGGCGCUUCCUAUGGCGGGUACAUGAUCAACUGGAUCCAAGGCCACCCCCUCGGCAGGAAAUUCAAAGCCCUGGUCUGCCACGACGGCAUCUUCAGCACCAUGAGCAACUGGUCGACCGAGGAGCUCUUCUUCCCGUCGCACGACUUCGGCGGCACCCUCUGGGAGAAUCGCGACGGCUACGCCCGCUGGGACCCCGCCGCCUCCGCGGGCAACUGGGCUACUCCCCAGCUCGUCAUCCACUCCGAGCUCGAUUACCGUCUGCCUAUCUCGGAGGGAUUGGCGGCUUUUAAUGCCCUCCAAACCCGCGGCGUGCCUAGUCGGAUGUUGAUAUUCCCUGACGAGAACCACUGGGUGUUGAAACCCGAGAACUCGCUCGUCUGGCAUAAGGAGGUCCUGGGUUGGAUUAACAAGUGGACUGGUCUGGACACCACGGGACUAGCGGGGGAUGCGGAGGGCCUUGCUAUCUGAUGAAUUGCUGCGUGUAGUUAAUGUAUCAUGGAUAAGAAUGGUUGGUUGUAGGGUUAAAUCAAAGAGUUACUGAGGGCAUUAAAAAUUUAAAAAAUA